AUGCCCGACACAGAACGCCGCCUGAUCAUCGUCUCGAACCGGCUCCCUCUCUGUCUCAAAAAGACCGCCCGAGGCAACUACGAGUCGUCGCUGUCAAGCGGCGGCCUCGUCACCGCGCUCUCGGGCAUCAGCUCGUCAACAAACGUGCGCUGGUUCGGGUGGCCGGGGACAAGCAUUGACAACGAGGAGGAGCGGGAAACCGCGCAAAAGGCGCUGGGCGAGCAAGAUGCCGUUGGGAUUUUUCUCGACGAGGAGCUUGCGCAGAAGCAUUACAAUGAGUUUUCGAACGGCAUCGCCUGGCCAAUCCUCCACUACCAAUCCGCCGUCUCCUUCUCCGAAGACGCCUGGCGCGCGUACCAAACAGUGAACGCCAUCUUCGCCGACACAAUCGCGGCCUCGGUCGAAGACGGCGACCUCAUCUGGGUGCACGACUACCACCUGCUUCUGCUACCAGCAUACCUCCGCGAACGCCUCGACGCGGCCGGGAAGAAACACUGCCCGAUCGGAUUCACGCUGCAUACCCCGUUCCCCGCCGAGGACUUUUGGCGCGCUCUGCCGGUUCACAAGGAGUUACUACGGGGGGUGCUCGCGUGUGAUCUGGUCGGGUUCCAUACGGAUGAGUAUAAGCGGAAUUUCGUCGAGUGUUGUUCGCGCGGACUUGGGGCUGAGGUUGUCGAUGAUGGCGAGGGGAAUGUCAUCUCGUACGAGGGGAGGAAGGUCCACACGGGGACAUUCAUCGUGGGGAUCGACCCGCAAAAGUUCACCAACGGCCUGCUGGACAAAGAGGUGCAAUCGCGCGUCGAGGAGCUGGAGGACAUGUACAAGCGCAAGAUUGUGAUUCUCGGCGUCGACCGGCUCGAUUACACCAAGGGCCUCGUGCAGAAGCUGCAGGGGUACGAGCACUUCCUGUCGCACCACCCGGACCUCAAGAGCAACGUGGUGCUCAUCCAGGUCGCGAUCCCCAGCCGCGAGGACGUCAAGGAGUACCAGGACCUCAGCAACGAGAUCAGCCAGCUCGUUGGGAAGAUCACGGGCGAGCACUCGACGCCCGAGGGGUCGCCCAUCGUGUACAUGCACCAUUCGGUCCCGUUUGCAGACCUGACGGCUCUCUACCGCAUCGCGGAUAUCUGUAUGAUUACGUCGCGGCGCGACGGGAUGAACCUCGUUGCGGCCGAGUACGUUGCGUGCCAGAAGGAUCGGCAUGGGGUGCUGGUGCUGUCGGAGCUUGCGGGCGCAGCGUCGUUUAUGGGUACGGGGAGUAUUACGUUUAAUCCGAGCAGCACGCAGCAGCUGUCUGAUGCGGUGUAUCAGGCUGCGACGAUGGACAAGGAGGAGAAGAGGAGGCGGUAUGAGGAGCUGGAGGAGUUUGUGACGACGAAUACUAGUGCCAAGUGGGGGGAGAAGUUUACGGAGGCGUUGGAGGGGUUUGCGAAGAAGGAUUGA